GAGAACUCCGCCAGAAACCACUUCCAUAGCCGUUCUCUAUAUUUUGGGGUGGGGGGCCAACUUCCUGGAUCCCUCCUCACCGUUUUCCUCUCUCCCGCGGUUAAGUUUCCCGGGGAUUUAGACCGCAGAAAUGGGCUCUCCUUGCCUCCACUCCAAACAAACACACUUGAACCUCUCUGUUUAGAUUCCAAGAACUCAACACCAAACUACUCUAAUGGGGGAUUCCGAUUGCUCCGUUUCUCUCUCCAACCUCAUCUGCCAAGAGGAUGGAACGAGUCUUCUCCUUGGCGAUGAUGAUGAUGAUGAGGAAAGGAGUGAUGUGGUAACGGUUUAUGAUGAUGGCUGUAUUCUCUCGGAAACAGAGGAUGACGACCACAUUGAGAUGCUGGUCUCCAAAGAAAGUGGCUGCUUUGAUAGCAGAAUCCAUCCUGAAUCCUAUGAAGAUUGGCUGAAAUGCGCUCGCUCUGAUGCCAUCCGAUGGAUUCUUAAAACUAAGGCUUACUUUGGCUUCUGCUCCAAGACAGCCUACAUGGCUGUGACUUAUCUCGAUCGGUUUCUUAUGCACCGAACCAUUGAUGAUAAGCGAAAGAUUUGGGCAGUUCAAUUACUGUCAGUGGCUUGUUUGUCAUUGGCAGCGAAGUUGGAGGAACGCAAGGUGCCGGCGUUGUCGGAGUUCCGGUUAGAUGAAUGUGAUUUUAAUAGCAAUGCGAUACUAAGGAUGGAGUUUCUUGUGCUGAAUACAUUGGAAUGGAGGUUGUGUUCGGUGUCUCCGUUUGCAUAUUUAAGUUAUUUCGCAUCCAAGAUACAAGAACACAAAUCGAAUAAUUUGAUGGCAAAAGCCACUGGAUUUAUUUUUGCAGCCAUUAGAGUGAUAAAUUUAGUGGAUUAUCGUCCUUCAGUCGUAGCGGCUGCAGCAAUGCUCGCCGCAUUUGAUGAAAGAUUAACUCAAAACUUAGUGGAGUUUCAGAUGAGAACAAUCUCCUUAUGUGGAUCAUUGGAAACUGACCAUGUGUUAUCCUGCUAUAGACUGAUGAUUCAGGAGUCCCACAAGAAGGUGAUGAAACCAUCAAAGAAUUUAAUUUCAUCGGAUCUAUCGGCGGCCAAUUGUGUGAGCAUCAACAGCUCUGUUGAUGCAAAUGCCACCACCUCUUUCACAGCAAGAAGCAGUAAGAGAAGAAGGAUAGAAUCGCUGGAUGCCGAGUAGAAAUCAAAUGGACGCAGAGAUGGAGUUCUGAGACCCAGGCACUGAUUUUUUUUUGUUUAGCUGUCAACGGGGCAUGAUUUGAUUCUCUAAUUAAGAUAGAUUUGUAAUUGGUUGAUGACUUAGCUGGAAAAAGGUUUGGUUUUGAGUUCUUGAGAACAUCUUUCCUACACUUGGUAGUGUAAAAAGAAGGGAAAGUGCAGGAAAAGGAAGGCAAAAGUUACCGCUCAAAGUGGAAAAAAAAAAAAAGGGUUCUGACUGAAGUUUUAAAAAAGUUAGGUGGAGAUCAACCCCAACAGGCUGUAGAGGAGUGAUUUUGGUGAAUAAUGUUGCAAGUAGUCCUAUUGGUUCAUAGCCCUUGUCAUUCAUUCAUGAAUACUUACAAUACUCAUUGUAAUUCCUUCUUUGUAUUUGUUUCUUCCUAAUGUGUGAUGUGGUGAGACCCAUGGGGCCAGUAGAGAGAGUCUUGUAAACUGUAGUCCAUAAAGUCCCAUUGCCAUCCACUGUGGGUGGAGG